UUUCUUUAUCAAACAGCGGGCGGUCAGCAGGUAAUUUUACAGACGUGCAGACAAUGUAAUGUGUUUUGAUUUCUUUCCAAACUCUGUAUAUUUACUUGACGGUGUGCUAAAUGUGCGCGGGGACAAAGGUGUUUCAUUCGGUGAUUUGGGUUUUAGUACACGGACAAAAUGAGACUACAAUCUACCUGUGUGUGGACCAUGCUUAUUUCACUGUUUUAUUCCACAGAAUCCUACACUGAGUACCCCAUAGCGGGGGGCACCUUGGCCAGUGACGACAUAAUAAAGACGGUGAACGUCCCCGGAGCAAUUGUGUUUGGAAACCACAGCUACGAUCAAGUACACUUUAGUACAAAUGGACUUAUCACUUUUCUACAUGGAGUCUACAGUUACACGCCGUCAGAAUCGACGAAUUAUUUCCUCGUGGCCCCGUAUUGGACCGAUAUCUAUCCUCUUGGUACCAACGGGGGCUACACCUACUACCAAUCCUACACCGACUGGUCAACGCUUAACAAAGCCACGCUCGAUGUCACUUCGUUUGGUGGAUCAUCCUUCUUCCAAGCAAAAUGGGUUUUAGUAAUAACUUGGUACAACUCGCCUUUUUUCCCGAAUAGAUAUGGUCCAAGAAUCACUGUACAAUGCGUCCUGAUCACAGAUCAUGUUUCCACAUACACUAUAUUUCAUUAUAUCAAUGUGAACAUUGGAAAUCAAAGGCACAACAUCAGAAUCGGAUUCGAUAAUGGAUCACGUGUCCAAAAUCCUUAUUCAUUUACCACCAAUGCUUAUAAAAUGAGCAAUUACGCAGGCAACACAGGAUUGAUUGGGGUUUGGUUCUACACAUUGGCAAGAGAUGAGAAUGAUUGUGUAUCGGGGCCUUGUUUGAACAGCGGGGGAUGUGUAGAUUUAUACGGGGAUUUCACGUGUAACUGCCCUGUUGGUUUUACUGGGAAACGGUGUGAAAUAGAUAUUGAUGAGUGCAUUGCACAGCCGUGUUAUCAUGGAACCUGUCACAACACUUACGGAAGUUAUUACUGUUCCUGCCAAACCGGAUGGACAGGGCAACAUUGCAACACAGACAUAAACGAGUGUUUGACGGUUGGUAUCUGUAAUCACGGAACAUGCAUGAAUACAGACGGUUCAUUUCACUGUGAUUGUUUCCCGGGUUGGAGUGGCCCACGGUGUGAUCAAGACAUUGACGAAUGUGCAAUCUCGUCACCAUGUUGCAAUGGUGGAAGUUGUGUAAACCAACCAGGAUCAUUUGCAUGCAAUUGUGGAACAGGUUGGACAGGAUCAGUGUGUGAAAAAGAUGUUGAUGAAUGUGUCGGCACGCCAUGUCAGAAUGAUGGAGUCUGUUAUAACAGUCCCGGAAGUUACCUCUGCAUUUGUCGUGAAGGCUUCACAGACACCAACUGCAGUACAGUCACAGACCAGUGUACAUCAUCACCUACUUGUCAGAAUGGGGGCACCUGUAUUGCUAAACCGGGGUAUUCCACGUGUAAAUGUGAGAGCCUAAGAGGUUAUACUGGAAUGCACUGUGAAGAAGAUAUUCAAGAAUGUGAUCUCGGCAUUUCACCCUGCCACAACAAUGCCACGUGUAGUGAUGUUCCAGGAUCGUUUAGUUGUACGUGUAAAUCUCCCUGGAAAGGAGAAUUUUGUCAAAAUGAAAAACAUGCCUGUGAUGAUACUCCUUGUCGUAAUGGUGGAAGCUGUAAAUUAAGAAACGAUACAUUUGAGUGCUUCUGUCCACGGGGAUAUGAAGGCGAUAUGUGUGAAACAGAUACCGAUGAAUGUCUCUCUGAUCCAUGUAAAAACAAUGCAACUUGUCGUAACAGCCAUGGAAAUUUCACCUGUAAUUGCCUAACUGGGUUUGAAGGACAGACGUGCCAAAACGACAUUAACGAGUGUUUGUCUAAUCCCUGUAUGAACGAUGGCCUGUGUGUCAACACGGAUGGCAGUUUUAUCUGCGUGUGCCAGUUAGGAUUCCAAGGAAACCAUUGUGAAGAAGGUCCCUGUGGUUCUGUAAAUUGCCAGAACAAUGGAACCUGUGUUGUACGUGGACUUUCUCCAGUUUGUUUGUGUUUACCUGGUUUUACUGGUGCAUCUUGUGAUCAAGAUGUUAAAGAGUGUGAUCUAUUUCCAUGUGCGGAUAAUUACACAUGUCAGAACACAGUUGGAUCCUUUGAGUGUGUUCCCUGUGAAGUUUCAUCUGAUAAUUGUACAACUGGAGUAAACACGUGUAAUUCCAAUCCGUGUCAAAAUGACGGCCUGUGUUUGGUCAGGAAUAGUUCUUAUAGCUGUCUGUGUAUGCCGGGAUGGACUGGAAUUGAUUGUGAAACAGCAAUUGACUACUGUGAAAACAUUACUUGCCAAAAUAAUGGCACAUGCAGCUCAAUGGCCAGUAAUGUCACCUGUGCUUGUCCUCCUGGAUUCCAGGGAGAAUUUUGUGAAGUGGAUAUUGACGAAUGCGUGUAUACACCGUGCUUUCACGACGGGAAUUGUACAAACGGAAAUGGAAGCUACGCAUGUAUCUGUACAGCCGAAUUUCAAGGUUUCCAGUGUGAACAAGCGUUUGAUCACUGUGAAUCAUCUCCGUGUGUAAUUAACGCCACGUGCCGAUCAGAAAACGGCACGUACUACUGCGCAUGUACCGACGGUUGGACAGGAACCACCUGUAAUGAAGAUAUUGAUGAGUGCCAGACAAGCUCAUGCUACGGAAAUAGUACCUGUGAGAAUAUUGCGGGUUCAUACAUUUGUCACUGUCCACUCGAGAGAACAGGACGAGACUGUGAACAAGAUUUUGAUGAAUGUCAAAGUAGUCCAUGUCAAAACGGAAUAUGUAUAAACCUUUCUGGGGGAUUUAGUUGUGUCUGCUCUGUGGGAUUUAAUGGGACUCUUUGUGAAGAAGAUAUAAACGAAUGUGUACAGAAUCCAUGCAACAACAGUGGGACAUGUAUUAACACGGAGGGAAGUUAUCAUUGCUACUGCGACACGGGGUGGAAGGGAGAUAACUGUUACACAGAUGUCAACGAGUGUGAAUUAAUUGGAUGUAGAAACAGUGGAAUAUGUAACAACAGUGAUGGCUCUUUCAACUGCCAAUGUAACGAUUUCUACACAGGACUGUACUGCGAAGAAGAUAUAAAUGAAUGUGUAACACAACCUGAUAUUUGUAAGUAUGGAGGAACAUGUGAGAAUCUUUGUGGCAGUUAUCGAUGUCAUUGUACUCCAGGGAACGCUGGUUAUAACUGUGAUGGAGAUAUCAAUGAGUGCAUAGAGUGGACCUCAGAGCCCCCCUGUAAAAACGAUGGACUUUGUACUAAUACUAAGGGGUCAUUCUACUGUACCUGCAAUUCAAACUGGACAGGAAGUGUGUGCCAGGAAGAUGUUAAUGAAUGCAGGGACUUUCCUUGCCAGAAUAAUGGCACAUGCUUCAAUUUUGAUGGAGGGUACAACUGUACAUGUGUACAAGGGUUUACCGGAGCUCUUUGUGAAUUAGAUAUUAAUGAAUGCUUGUCUGAGCCCUGUCAGCAUAAUGGUUCAUGUGUCAACACCCCCGGUUCCUUUUAUUGUCUCUGUAUAGAUAACUGGGAUGGGAAGCUUUGUGAAAUGGACCUGUGUGAAACAAAACCGGCUAACCUCGUGUUUGUCGUGGAUACAUCCCUGAGUACAACAGAAAGAGUGUUCCAACAGCAAAAAGACUUCAUCUCUAACGUUGUGUCAAGACUAACCCUUACAGAUGAUAAAUUCAAAAUAGCAGUGGCAUCGUAUGGGACGAUUACAAACAUUGAUAUAGGGUUCAAUUCCUAUGAAAACAAUAAGACGUUGUUGUAUGAUAAAAUAUCUAAGAUUUCGUUUAUUAAUGGAACGACAAACAUUCACAAUGCGUCGUAUACUGUGAGGGAUAUUCUUAAUGUUACUAGAGGAAGUAAUCAGUUUGUAUUCUUCUUCACUGACGGAAUGCCGUCUAAUUUCCAACUAGCUUUAAAUGGAACAGGAGAGCUGCGAGCCCGUUUGUUAAACUCCACUUCCUCUAAUGAUCUUCUGUUUGUAUCGUUUGGAGAUGACGUUAGACAUGAGGGAUACAAGGGAAUGUCAGGAGAUCCGCAAUAUAAAGAUGUCUUCACUCAUACAUCAAUGGACCCAUUGUAUCACGUGAUGAGAAAACUGGUAGACGAAAAAUGCACAGCAUGCUGCCGCCAUGAGAUGGUGGAUAUAAUGUUCGUCUUAGACAUAUCCUCUGUACAACCACCUGAAACAUUCUCGGGUAGUUUGAAAGUUAUAAACUCCAUUUUAAACAAUUUAAAACGAUUUGUUUUGUUGGGAUCAAACAAUACCCAAAUCGGAGCGGUGUUUUUCGCAAACGAACCAAAUUUAUUAAUACAACUGAAUGGCACAGCUGAUUUUGAUAGUUUUGCUAGCAAACUUAUGACGAUACAUCAAGAUGACAAUGAUUAUAAAAAUGCAAGCUCAAAUGUAGCAGGGGCUUUGGAAUUCACACGAUCUCAUCUUCUCUCACCAGGACAUGGCGCUCGAAAAUCAGCAAGAAAAUUAAUCACCCAUAUCUACACCGGAUUCGAUGUAAAUGUAACGAAAUCGAUUGAAGUCACGCGAUCGCUAACACGUGAUCAAAUAACUGUUUUCUCUAUCGGGGUUGGAGAUGAGUAUAACGCUGAAGACGUAUUGGCCACUGCCUCCAGUGCUUUCCACGCGUUUUUCGCAGAAUAUAACAAACAGGACCAUGGAUGGCAUUUGACUGAUGCAGAGUUGAGUUUUAUUAGCAGGAUAGACUCUCUAAUUUGUACGCAGAGAGUAAAUAGCUAUGAUAUGGAGAGAAAUAUAUUUUUUCUGUUGAUCUCUAUCUAUUCUUCGAUGGCGGUUAACAAUCCCUGGGACUUCCCGACUUCCGGAAAAUCUCUUAAUGCCGAUGAUAUUUUUACCUCUCCGCCAUUAUCCGUGGCUCAUGGGAUUCCGAUUGGCAACAAUGUCUACAAUCAAGUCUAUAUUAGUUCCAAUGCAAUGAUCACCUUUCGCUCUGGUUGCUACUUUUACGUUCCGGAUCAGACGUUCCGAGAACCUCACGUAGCACCGUACUGGACGGACUUAUUUCCGUUGGGUGGAGGAAAUGGUGGAUGUUUCAACCAUCAAACAUACACAGACAGUGUUUCUCUUACCAUGGCUUCAGAUACCGUCAAAAAUUUUACAACGUUUCAAAACUUUCAAGCAAAAUGGGUGUUGGUUUCCACGUGGCUACGUGUCCCCUUUUAUCGUAAUAAUAGACCAGUUGUAUCUGUGCAAUGUCUCUUAAUCACAGACCACGUGUCCACUUACACUUUAUUCAAUUACAUGGAUGUCAACAUUGAUUAUCAAGGUCAUCGUAUUCGAAUCAGUUUUGACAAUGGAUCUGCAAACGAAAAUCCAUAUUCGUUUAAGACUGCAGCUUACAAGAUGAGUAAAUAUGUUGGCAAUACAGGGCUUCGUGGAAUUUGGUUUUACACGCUUGCUGAAGAUCGGAACGAAUGUAUGCUAACUCCAUGUAAGAAUGGAGGCGUUUGUCACGACCACUAUGGAGAUUUUUCGUGUACUUGUCCGUCCAAUUUUGUUGGCAAAACAUGUGAAGAAGACGUGAAUGAAUGUCUCACAAAAUACCCAUGUUAUCAUGGGACUUGUAACAACACAUACGGUAGCUAUGAAUGUGUUUGUAGUGCAGGGUGGACUGAUAGCGACUGUAAUACCGAUAUUAAUGAAUGUCUGAAUGUCAAUAUUUGUAACCAUGGAUCUUGCAUGAAUACAGACGGUUCAUUUCACUGUGAUUGUCUUUCGGGUUGGAAUGGCCCUCGGUGCGAUCAAGACAUUGACGAGUGCAUCACGUCGUCGCCAUGUUGUAAUGGCGGAAGUUGCACGAAUCACCCAGGUUCGUUUUCCUGCCACUGUGAAGCAGGUUGGACAGGAUCCGUCUGUGAGAAAGAUGUUGAUGAAUGUGACGGUACACCUUGUCUUCAUGGCGGAGUUUGCUUUAACACUCCCGGGAAUUACAGCUGUAGUUGUCAUCCAGGUCUUACCGAUAAACUUUGCAGUACAGAUGUCAACGAUUGCCAAUUCUUUGAAUGUUGGAACAAUGGAACAUGUUCAAACGCCAAUGGCUCUUUUGACUGCAGAUGUAAUGCAUUCUACACCGGAAGUUUCUGCGAGGAAGAUAUAAAUGAGUGUGUAACACAACCUGAUAUUUGUAAAAAUGGAGGAACAUGUGAGAAUAUUUGUGGCAGUUAUCGAUGUCAUUGUACUCCAGGGAACGCUGGAUACAACUGUGAUGAAGAUGUUGAUGAGUGCUUAGAAUGGACUACAGAACCCCCCUGUCAACACGGUGGUCUCUGUACCAACACAAAGGGAUCAUUCCAGUGUAACUGUACUUCAAAUUGGACAGGAAGUGUUUGUCAGGAGGAUGUAAAUGAGUGUAGGGACUUCCCUUGCCAGAAUAAUGCAACAUGCUAUAACUUCGAUGGAGGGUUCAACUGUACAUGUGUACCAGGAUUUACCGGAGCUCUAUGCGAAUUAGAUUUCAACGAAUGUUUAUCAAAUCCAUGCAAACGCAAUGUUUUAUGCGUAAAUACGUAUGGUUCGUUUUACUGCGACUGUUCUGAUAACUGGGAUGGAAAUUUCUGUGAAAUAGACUUGUGUGAAACAAAGCCGGCUAACCUCGUGUUUGUCGUGGAUACAUCCCUGAGCACAACAGACAGAGUGUUCCAUCAGCAAAAAGACUUCAUCUCUAACGUUGUGUCAAGACUAACCCUUACAGAUGAUAAAUUUAAGAUAGCAGUGGCAUCGUAUGGGACGAUUACAAACAUUGAUAUAGGGUUCAAUUCCUACGAAAACAAUAAGACGUUAUUAUUUGAUAAAAUAUCUAAGAUCUCAUUUAUCAAUGGAACGACAGACAUUCAUAAUGCGUCAUAUAGUGUGAGGGAUAUUCUUAAUGUUACCAGAGGAAGUAACCAGUUUGUAUUCUUCUUCACCGACGGAAUGCCGUCUAAUUUCCAACUAGCUUUGAAUGGAACAGGGGAGCUGCGAGCCCGUUUGUUAAACUCCACUUCCUCUAACGAUCUUCUGUUUGUAUCGUUUGGAGAUGACGUUAGACAUGAGGGAUACAAAAGAAUGUCAGGAGAUCCGCAAUAUAAAGAUGUCUUCACUCAUACAUCAAUGGACCCAUUGUAUCACGUGAUGAGAAAUCUGGUAGACGAAAAAUGCACAGCAUGUUAUCACCAAGAGGCGGUGGAUAUUAUGUUCCUUCUUGACAUAUCGUCAAUUCAGCCACAAGAAACAUUCUCUGGUAGUUUGGGAAUAAUUAGCGCCAUUUUAGAGGUUUUAAAGCAACAGUUGGUUUUGUUAGGACCAAACAAUGUCCAAAUGGGAGCUGUGUCUUUUUCGAAUGAACCCUAUCUAUUGAUACCGCUGAAUGAGACAUAUGACUUCAACGAUUUUGCUGGAAAACUUAUGAGCUUACAACAAGAUAAAUGUGUAUAUGAAAAUGCCAGUUCAAAUGUAGCAGAAGCUCUAGAAUUCACAAGAUUUCAUCUUCAAUCCCUAGCACACGGUGCCCGAGAAUCGUCCAGAAAAUUAAUCAUCCACAUCUUCACUGGAUUCGAUGCCAACGUCACAGAUUCGGUGCAUAUCGCGCAGUCUAUAACACGUAAUCAAAUUACUGUGUUUGUCAUCGGCGUUGGACACAAAUACAAAUACGAAGAUGUGUUGUCAAUUGCAUCCAGUGCUUUUCAUGCGUUUUUUGCAGAAUAUGACAAACACUUCCACAAAUGGAAAAUCACAGAUACAGAGUUAAAAUUCAUUAGCAAGAUAAGUUCGUUAAUCUGUACAGAAAGAAUCACUGCUUGAAGUUAUUUUUGAGGUCUUGUUUUUUUUGUUUUUUUUUUUGUUUUUUGUUUUUUUUAGAGAUAUAGAAACGAGAUAGCACAAAGCAUACUUCGAGCCCUAAUAACUAAAGCGGACGAAAAAUUAAGAAUUGAAACUGCACAUUCGUCUACUAAAAUGUGUUUUAGUCACAAUUCCGGAAGUCCUUCGUCAAAAAUGGCGGAGAUCUCGCAAGGUCACAUGUUCUUGAUCUCAUAUUACGAAUUUGUGUAAAUAUAUCUCGAUUUCAUCCUAGUUCUGUUGUCCCCUAGGCCUAUUUAAUGCAGUGCGCCGAUUUAAGUCUAAUAUAUAACAAAAACAAAAUCUAACACCAUGACAAGACGAUAAAUGCGUAGCGCCAUGGUCUUUCUUUUGACACCAUGAUACAAUUGAAGCAGUGGCAAACCUAAAGGAGUUACAGGGAGAUUCGAAAUUGCCCCACAUGGGCUAAGUAGAACAUAAAUAUCUUUGCCCAUUUGUAUGCACUUUCAGUUGUAAAAUACUAAAUGUUAGUCCAUAGUUUCAAUUGGACCCCUACAAAUGCAUGAGAUGGAAUCAACUUCCAUGGUUCCAUGGCGCGGGGGUCUUAAUUAACUUUAAGAUAUUCAAUGUAUACCGAAAGGAUAAUGAACAAUUUUGAAGGAUUUAAAUCAACAAAAAUGUUUCUUAUCAAUGAAGUGGAUGAAAUUCACAUGACUGAUAAAUUAUUAGAAGCUUACUUUUUUGCAAUUAUUUUUGAAGAGUUGCCUGCCCUUUGUAAAAAUUUCAAAAAUCAAAUUUUCUAAAAAUUUAUGUGGUAAAUGAUUAAUUCUCUAUUUCAUACUUUCAUAAAGAGACAGUGUUAGUAACUUUCUUCCAAGAGAUUUGUAUGAAAAUAUAAUUUCUUUGAAAAAUAUAAAACAUGUUUUUCCCAUAGACUUCAAUGUUCAAUUCUAGGUGAUAUAAAUCAAGCAAUAAACAAAAUUUUGAAAAUUCCUAUCUUGGAUUUUAUUUGAUGAUCCCUUCAAAAUGAUACCAUGAUUAAAUAAUCCCAUCAUCCAUAUAGUAGAUAUGAAAUGUGGUGGUUACACAUUGAAUUCUUUAAUGUAGCUGCGCUCGCUCUAACGGUAGCUCUAUAAACAUAUUUUGUCAAGCAUCCAUAUCAUGGCCAUUAAUGAUUAUCUGAGUUUUAUUUUUAUUUUUGUGAUCUUUUAUCAAAGAGACACUACAACUCAUUUUGCGCAAAAAUCAUGAAAUGACAAUUUUUCCAGCGCUUUCUCAAUUUUUGUUGCCUAGUUGAAUGUAUGAACUUUGCACAAAUAAGACUUAUCUAAAGUUAAUUUUCGUUUCAACGUAAAAAUUAAUACUUUUUGAUGGCUUUAUAUAGUGUCUCCUCCUUUCGGUCUUCAGACGUGUGCACAUAGACAGUAAACAGUGCAUCAUGUCAUCCAGUGAGAGAAAGUGUAGUGGAUAGAUCCAGAACUUUGACAGAUUCUAUGAGAAAAGAGGUAAAAAUAGGAUGAGAUUAAACUCAUACUUGAAUUAAAGUUUACUUUGGGAUCAGUAUGAACGUAGAAAAACAAAGAGCUAGCAGAAACGCAUGCAGGACUCAGUGGUAGGUCUAGGAUUUCCGAAGUGGGGAUGUGAAAGUCAAAUAUUUGCCAAAGUAAUCAGCCAUUCUGGGUGCCAAAUCACGAGUUAUACUCACAAUUUGUGACAAAAAAGGGAGGGUUCCUGGUCCCCUCUUAAUCUGCCACUGGGACUAGCCGUAUGUGGUUAUAAGGCUGUAUGACAUGGCAUACAUUACUUCACCUGUUUUAACCAAGAUUAUUUGAUUUUAAAUCGGUGUUUACAAACAACCACAUCAUUCCGCCAUUUCAGGUGACAAUCACAUGAUCAGUUCAAACUUUCAGAUCAUCGGUGGUCUUAUCUAUGUAAAGCUGUGUAUUUUGUUACAACAGUACCGUGCCAUAAGUUUAAUAGAAAUAAAAAUACGUCUUAGUAAUUCGUUGAUUUACGCUCUUUCAACCUAAAAAUUAGACAGUUGCGUCCGAUUUAAGAUUCCUAUGACGCGCGUGGGGCUAUCUUUAGACGCCUAACAAUGUAUAAUGUAUGUGUCAUCCGGAACACCUCGGGUCUUUCACCGAAUAACACCGUGUUUUCGGUGACAGGCCUGAGGUGUUCCUGUUGAUUUAUGUGUACCACACUAUAUUUACUUUCUAAAUGAUAUUCUCACUGUUUUCUCUUACAUGCAAAUGUUUUCAAGCAUGUAAUUAAUGGAAAGUUAAUAACUUUAAACACUUAUUAAUCUGCUUGAAAGUAAUUAUGUACAAAAAUAAAACAUGAAUAUCGGAUCAUACAGCUUUAAAAUGUGGAAAAUCAGUGUAGUGUCUCUUUCAAAAACACAUACUGUAAUUUCUACUGCGUUUUAUAAACACAUGCUUGAUAUACGUAAUGAUACAAAUCGUAGUCGUCUAUUUUCAUUUUUCCGAAGUGUGUUGCUUUUUUUCAUUGCUUAUAUUUUAGCAGAUUAUCAUAAAAUAUAAUUUCACUAAGCACAUUAAAUUGUAGAUAAAGUUGGGCCAAAUAAAAUUAUUUUACAUUCAA